AUGGGUCAAGGUCGCCGCAUGAAGAAGCAGGGCAUUCCGCCUCCAUUGGACGAAUCGCUCGUCACCAGAAAACGAAAAGAUGCACCUGCAGCUCAGGUUGAAGAGCGGGGGAAGAAGAGGAGGACCGACACUAAGGGGUCGAAAAAAGGUCCUGCGGUCAAUGGAGGUUCAGGAAAGAGAAAGGCAAAGCCUGUGAAGAAAGUUACCCUGCCCCCUGUCUCCGACGACGAAAUCGAGGAUGUGUCCGACAGCGCUGACGGAAUCAACGACCUCGAUGUCAUGGAAGAUGGUCUUGAAGGUGUUAAUGUAACGGGUCUAGAUGCUUUAGGGAGUGCGUCGGAGUCGGAAGACCUAGACGAUGAUGAAUUUCCGGAUUCAGGGUCGGACGUUGUGGAUUCGGAUACGGAGGUUAGGAAAGCGGGAAUGUGGUCGGAAGACGAGGAUGAUAGUGAUAUUGAGGAGAAGCUUACUGCGGCGAACAUCGAGGGUCUGUCGAGGAAGUUGGACAUGCGAAAGGCGAUUGAAGACGCAGAGGCACAGGCGGAGUUGGAAGAGGCAGCAAUACAGACAAAUAUUGCAGGGGACAAACCGAAAGUUCUUGAAGAUGAGGAUGGGGAAGGAAGGCCAAUAUCAAAUCUGCAGGCUCAGGAUCUGCAGCUGCUAAGAACGAGGCUUACGGAUACGGUUCGAGUUCUUGAUGAUUUCAAAAAUUUGGCCGAAGAUGGCAGGUCAAGAGCAGAGUAUACGGCACAGAUGUUGAAGGAUAUAUGUGCGUAUUAUGGGUACUCAGAAUUCUUGGCCGAGAAGCUGCUUAACCUCUUUCCUGCCCGCGAAGCUUUUGCUUUCUUCGAAGCAAACGAAACACCUCGACCCGUCGUCAUCCGCACAAACACGCUUCGAACCCACCGAAGAGAGCUAGCGCAAACGCUCAUCAACCGGGGCGUACAGCUAGAGCCUAUAGGUAAAUGGUCUAAGGUCGGACUGCAGGUCUUUGAGUCGCAAGUCCCUCUUGGUGCUACUCCUGAAUACCUCGCCGGCCACUAUAUCCUCCAAGCAGCAUCUUCCUUCCUUCCUGUCAUGGCUCUCGCGCCACAGGAGAACGAACGUGUUCUCGAUAUGGCGGCCGCCCCCGGCGGUAAAACAACGCACAUCGCGGCAUUGAUGAAAAACACUGGUUGUAUCUUUGCUAACGAUAGCAACAAACAACGUGCUAAAGGUCUCAUCGGUAACAUUCAUCGUCUUGGCGUCAGGAACACCAUCGUUUGCAACUAUUCUGCGCUCGAUUUUCCAAAAGUCAUUGGAGGUUUCGAUAGAGUAUUGUUGGACGCACCCUGCUCCGGUACAGGUGUCAUUGCAAAAGAUGCCAGCGUUAAGACGAACAAGACCGAAGCCGACUUUAUGAGACUUCCUCACCUGCAGAAACAAUUGAUCCUCGCCGCCAUUGACUCGGUUGAUCACUCGAGCAAGACUGGUGGAUACAUUGUCUACUCGACUUGUUCCGUCACAGUCGAGGAGAAUGAGCAAGUUGUCCAAUACGCUCUGAACAAACGCCCAAAUAUCAGACUCGUCGAAACGGGCCUCACAUUUGGAAAAGAAGGAUUCACCAGGUUCAUGGGCAAAAUAUUCCAUCCUUCAAUGAAGUUGACUAGAAGAUAUUAUCCUCACGCCUUCAAUGUUGAUGGUUUCUUCGUCGCCAAGUUUAAGAAAAUUGCCCUCACACCUCUGAAUGCUGUUGGUGCAAAUGCUGCGCCUUCGUCCAAUGGCAAAGUACCGGCCGAGAAGCAAGCUCCAGACGAGUACGUAGACAAGACCCCAAUUACUGAAGAUGGAGAUAAUGAAGACUCCGACUUUGGAGGCUGGGACGAGGAGGAAGACAAGAAAUACAUGGAGCGAGCCCAACGUGCGCAGAUGCGAAGAAAGGGCAAGAAUCCGAGGGCGAUGCUUGGGAAGGCGAAGGCGAAGGCCAAGGAGGGUCAGGGUAAUGGGGUCGCAAAGUGGCUGGUCUCUAUUGGUCACCCGGGGCACAUCCUGGCGCAAUUCCCGCCGUUGCAGCAUAAUGCGGAGGGUGCCGCCCACGUAGGUGGAGUCACGUUCACAAGAGUCUUGGCAUCUGGGGAAUCGGCCGACCGAGACGCCUUUGCCAUUUCCCUUUACUCUAUUCGAGGAUUAGUCCGGUCAGCGCGUCAUUAA